AUGGCCGACUUCUCCUUCACCCCCGAAUUCUCCCCAGCAACCCGCGAAUUCCUCUCCUCAAAGCGACUACCCUCACCUGUGAGCGACACAUGGCGCUCCAUAUCCCCCUUCAGCGACUACGACGUCUUCGAAAGCGAGUUCUUCGGCCGGAUGUCGCCAUUUGACGAUGAUUCCGGCGAAGAUGUAUCUGAGGAGACCACGCCGCAGCUCGAGCUGCCUGGACCCGAAGUCGCUCGGCGCUGCACGACAGGGCGCAGGGCAUCGAUUGGUACAGUUGAGCCGGGGAGCGAUAGCGAGGACCCUCCUUCUGGGAGGCCUGCAGAGAUGCCGUCGAUUACACUCGAUGAUGCGAUUGAUAACACGACUGGUCGGCGACCUAGGCCGACUAGGGUGUUGUUUCCAUUUGCGCACAUGCGACAGUCGGAGGCUGUGGCGUCGAGUUCGCAGGUUCCGGUAUCGCGUCCUCAAGUUACGGCGUCGAGUUCGCAAGUCACGGCGUCAAGUUCUCGGCCGAAAGAGAUUCUGUUUACCAAGUCAAAAGAAGACAUCGAGAAGCUAAGGCAUCUUCGCCGAGAUCUCUGCGAGGCAUAUGUUCAGAGGGAGAGGCUUGCGGAGGGCGGGAUAGGCAAGGUGACCGCAGAACACAAGGUCAAACUUGUCCUUGACCGAAUCGAAUCGGAUGUAGUGGCCAACACCUUCAACAAUGCACAUUCCACGCAGAUGACGCUGCAAGGGCUGGCUUGGAAGGAUGCAUGUGCGGUGUUGGAAGCCGAGAGACGUACUCGGUCGCGCCGCGCAGGCGUUGGAGAUCCAUAUCUCGAUGUUCAGAAGGAGUGGAUUCCGAUGAUUCCGUUCAGACAGCCCGCCAACACUCCUCUCCUUCACCCUUCUCCUCCUCUCCUCCUCACCCUGGCCCUCCGCAACCGCUCCAAGUCGCUCUCUGCCAUCGGACAAGAAGCCAGAGACGACGGGGAGCUCGUAUUUCUCCGAGAACUGCGAGGCGGCCAGAAACAGCGACGCUUCUCCUCCCUCUCUCACUUCUUCGCCUCGCCGACUGCUCUCGUCCCGGCUGUCGUCCUCCUCCUCGUCGCCGUUCUUCUCCAACUGCUCCUCCCGUACCUCCAGCCAUUCCUCCACCACCAAUCCAUCUCUCCGCCGCAAUCCUGCCCUACGUACAACCCUUAUAAUCCCUUCCUGCAGGACUUGUACUGCCGAGUACCCGCACAAGAGACGUCUGGUUCCCUAUACAGCACCUCGCCACGCAGCAUGGCUCUCGCCGCCGCCGCCCAGCGGGUAGCCGCGGAAUUCGAGUACAGCAAAGAGGCAGUGAACCGGGGCGUCGAUGCCUUCAUCACGCAGAUGCACGAGGGUUUGGGGAAGCAGGGUGCCACCAUGUCGCAGAUCCCAACCUACGUGACCGGCGUGCCGAACGGGACGGAGAAGGGCUUGUACAUGGCCGUCGAUCUGGGCGGGACGAAUUUCCGCGUGUGCAGCAUCCAGCUGCACGGCAACAGCACGUUCAGCUUGACGCAGAGCAAAGUGCCGAUUCCCAAGGACUUGAUGGUGGCGCAGACGAGUCAUGAGCUGUUCUCCUUCCUCGCCAAGCAGAUCCAGCUGUUCCUGAAGACGCAUCAUGGCGAGCACUACAACACCCACACGGAGAGGAGGGCGAGCAUGGCGGGCUUUGGCGGCUUCCGAGAGGAGGAGAUCUUCAGCUUGGGCUUCACGUUCUCCUUUCCUGUGCAGCAGGUGGGGAUUAACAAGGGUACGUUGAUUCGCUGGACGAAAGGCUUCGACAUCCACGACACUGUAGGCAAAGACGUGUGCGCUCUCUUGCAAAAGGAGAUUGAUGCGCUCGGACUCCCGGUGAGGGUGAGCGCAUUGGUGAACGACACGGUAGGCACGUUGAUGGCACGGUCCUACACCAGCCCAGGAAAGACACGCACCCUCCUCGGCGCCAUCUUCGGCACGGGCACAAACGGAGCAUACGUCGAGAAACUCUCCAACAUCACCAAACUCAACACCACCGCCGGCAGCUCGAGCAACUACGACAAGAGCACCGGCGAGAUGAUUAUCAAUACCGAAUGGGGCAGCUUCGACAACCAACUCUCCGUCCUGCCCGACACGCCCUACGACCGCGACCUCGACCGCGAGUCCGUCAACCCGGGCAUCCAAAUGUUCGAAAAGCGCAUCUCCGGCAUGUUCCUGGGGGAAAUCCUGCGGCGCGCCAUCGUCUCCCUCGUCCAAGACCCCGCCGUCCCGCUAUUCCACGACGACGACUCAAGCCGCAACGACGUGCACAGCACGACGCAAAUCGACGCCACCUCCCCCCUCUACAAGCAAUGGGGGCUGGACACCAGCUUCCUCUCCAUCGCCGCCGGCGACUCCGGCUUAGGCCUCAAAGCGACGCGCCAAAGUCUCGACAACGACUACGGCGUAUCAGCCGCGAGCGCCGAAGACGCAGAAGCGGUGCGCCUCAUCGCCGCAGCAGUAGGCAAGCGCGCCGCCCGCUUAUCCGCCGUGGCAAUCGCAGCGGUCGUCAUCAGCACCGCCAGCCUCGCCACAGGGGACAAAGACGACGUAGUGGAUAUCGGCGUUGACGGCAGCCUGGUGGAAUUCUACCCCAACUUCGAAGAGUACAUCCGCGAGGCGUUGCGCGAGAUCCCGCGCAUUGGGCCGGAAGGGGAGAAGCGGAUUCGCAUUGGGAUUGCGAAGGAUGGGAGUGGUGUUGGGGCGGCGUUGAUUGCGCUUGUGGCUGAUCGGGCGAUGAAGAGCGCUGGCGCGAAGCACGUCUCGAGGACUGAAACUGUGUUUGGGGGGCUUGUGCAGGGCUGGCUGGACGCGUGGAACAAGACGGUCCGGUUCCGGGUGUAG